AUGCUGUAUUAUUAUCGAAAAGGAAAAAAGGCAACUCAAGCAGCCAAAGAGAUAUGCGAUUGCUACGGGGCAUCAGCAGUUACCGAUCGGGUCGUACAAAAGUGGUAUGCCCGGUUCAGGAGCGGCGAAUUCGAGCUUACAGAUGUGGAGCGCUCCGGACGUCCUGUAACAAUUGACACGGCCAAAAUAAUGACCGUAGUGCACGAGAAUCCGCAUUUCACACUGCGAGAGAUAGCGGACAUUGUCAAAGUGUCACAUGUUACAGUUCAAAGACAUCUCCACGCUGAAGGCUACGUCAAUAGAGCUGAUGUGUGGGUUCCAAAAGAUCUAAAUAAACGCAAGCUGACGCCACGCUUCAAAGUCGCAGUUACGAAUGUUUCACUCGGAGAUACGAACGCAACGUUCGGAGAUACGAACGUAGCGGAUGAUCAGCUGUUUUGGAGUAACGUGUUGUAG